AUGAGAUAUGAAGGAGUGAGACCUAACUCGUCUACUUUCGUUGGGCUGCUUUCAGUAUACCCUGCAUCUGGUUCUAUGCACGGAGUUCGAUAUGUUACUAGUUUGAUUGAAGAGGAGAAGCUAGAACUGGAUGUGGUUCUUGGAACAGCUCUUGUUGAUGUGUAUGCGAAAUGUGGCUUUCUAGACGAGGCCAUGGAAAUAUUUGAGAGGAUGGAAAGUAAAGAUGUGAAAUCAUGGACAGCUGUGAUUUCGGGUCAUGGAAUUCAUGGGCAGCCAAUGAAAGCCAUAAGGCUUUACAAUAGGAUGGAGAGUGAGGGGUUUAGACCAAAUGAAGUCACCUUUUUGGCAAUUCUUACUGCUUGUAGUCAUGGAGGACUUGUUACCGAGGGGAUUGAAUUUUUUAAGUGCAUGGUUCAGGAACAUGGCCUUUCACCUCGGGUUGAGCAUUAUGGAUGCCUUAUUGAUCUCUUGGGUCGAGCAGGAAUGCUGCACGAAGCAUUUGAGCUAAUCAAGAGCUUGCCCAUUAAGGGUGAUGCUACUUCAUGGCGCACACUGCUUUCUGCUUGA